GUAUCUCUUGAUAUUACUCCUUUGAUAGCGCCUGGCGCCUGCAUAAUCUCAGCUGACGCUUCACAAACGAUCCGUCACAGCGGGUGGAUAAAAAAUGGCGCCUGUACCGGACAUCCGCCUGUGGGAGGAGGUUUCGCCGGCGCCCGCUGAAAUGCAUAACUCGUGGCGCCUUCCACUGAACCAUGUUCGUUUCUUUGAUUCCGAUAAAGUGUAUCGCCGUGUGGCUCUGAAUGAUGGUGCGAACAAAGGGAACCGGAUCUCUGGAAAUAUAAUGUUGACUUCAGCAGAUUUGGGUAGAGGCGAGGAGAUGGAUCGCGGGACCGAGAACCCCAGAGUCUACUACGAUCCAUAUGGUGAUUUUGGUGACGAUGACGACGAUGACCCAGACGAUUUUUUUUUCUUCGACGAAGGCUACGGUAGUCUUGGAGAGGAAGAUGAGGAUAUUGAAGAGGACGGGGAUGGAGAGGAGUUUGACGGUGACAAAAACAUCGAGCGGGAAGAGGAUGAUCUUCUUCUUGAUGAGGAUCCCUUCAUAUGCGAGGAUUGCGAGUUGUCUGACAGCGACAACGAAGCAAAGGACAAAUGAUGGCUGUGCUGUGCGGAAUGUCGGAGAAAGUAGACUUGAAAUACAGAAGG